GCUUUGAUUCCUUUCGCAUCCAAAGAAAGCUUUUGAUUAUGGAACUUGUUGUUCAAGUUGCUUGAGAAAACAUGAAUUGUUGAAAAUGGAAUGUUGUGGUUUUUUCCCCGCCUUCAAUUGUAACAUAAUCCAGCUACAUUUCGACUGCAUCUAGUUUAUAAGAAACUCUUGGUUUCAGAUUCCAAGUCACCUUUCAACCGAAAAUUUCGGAUUAUCAAAGCAUUGAAUUCUCAAACAAAAGACACAUUAACCAUGGCCAAAAGAUCAAAUGGAUGCCCUGUGAGGCAUGAAAAGGAUCAGUCAGGCUGUAUGUGGGGCUUGAUUAGUAUGCUUGACUUCCGCCAUAGUCGAUCAACUCAGAGACUGCUCUCCAUUAGAAGGCGCAGGAACGGAAAUGCCGUUGUUGUGGGGAAUGCAGGAAAUAAACUUAUGUUGACUAGUUCUGCCGAAACUUGUCCCAGACCUCUUGAUGGUGAAGAGGAAACGGCAGCAAUCGAUGCAUGUAAGCUGACCGUGAAAAAACUCCUAGAAGAAGAAAUGAACGGAGGGAAGAUUGCAAUGAAAGAGGCAUAUAGUACAGAAGUUGAAGCAAAACAGUUCGAUUCCAAGCAAGGAGAUGAUGGAAGGAAGAAACGUAAAAGAAAAAACAAAACUUGCAAGAAAAGUUUCGGUAACAAUCUUGAUAUGGAUGUUGCCAAGGAAGUGGUAUCUGAAGGAUCUUAUCAGCAUAAACCAGAGCAACAAACAACAAGCAAUCUCGAUAUCGACAAUCUAAUGGAAGAGUUUUUUCGGAGAGUCCAUCAGAAAAACAUCAAUUGUGUGAACCAUGACCAGCUUGAGCGAAACGAGGCAAUCAAGUUCUUAGUGAGUCGGAAGCUUCUUAAUUGGGACCAACUUACAGAAGAUGGGGAAAUCCGAGCCUCGAAAGAAGUCAUGGAUGCACUACAGAUUUCGAGUUUAGAUGAGGAAUUGUUUUUGAAACUUUUACAAGAUCCAAACUCGUUGUCCAAGUAUGUUCUAGACUCGUCAGAUGCUCAUUUAAACGAUGAAGAGUCUAAGCUGGUGGCCGAAUCAAACUGUUCGGACGUCGAAUAUGUCUAUUUAAGACAACACAAUGAGCCCGUUAAUAGAAAAGACCGUAAUUUCUUUGGAAGAAAAUCGAAGUCUCAGGAAAGAGAACUUUCGGAUGGAAAUAAGGCUUCUCAAGCUUCAAAUAAAAUUGUAAUUUUGAAGCCUGGGCCAACAAGUUUGCAAACUCCAGAUACCGGAAGCAGCACCAUCUCAUCUUCGGAAUCUCGGUAUCUCAUUGGGAAACGGGAGCCAAAUGAGAAAGUUGGUUCCCACUUUUUUCUUGCUGAAAUAAAAAGAAAGUUGAAACAUGCCAUGGGAAGAGACCAACAUAGAAUCCCCACAGAUGGUAUAUCUGAAAGAUUUACCGAACUUAGUACUGAAUAUGAGACUAUUGAUUUGUCCAGGCGAAGGUAUAUCGAGGGAAAGAAUCAUCUCUCUGAGUUGCUAGCAAAUGGGGAUAAAAAUGUGGAUCUUUCAAGUGCACAGGUUCUGAAAACCAUAGAUGGGAAUCUUUCAAGUGCACAGGUUCUGAAAACCAUAGAUGGGAAUCUUUCUCUUCAGGAGUAUAACUCAUCCCCUGUCCACAGCACUGGCCAGUACUCGGAGCCUAGUUUUAGGACUGCACAGUCGAUAUUUGCAGGUUCGGAAAAAUCUGAGAAGACGAUUGAAAGCAAUCAAGUAAACCUUGUCAGCAAUCUAAGGCAAAUGAAAGAGAAGAGCGAUAGCCGUCUUUGCAGUUCCAACAACAAAACUUGUAAAGAAGUCGAAGGUGAUAAUGCAAUUUCAGACAAUCUUGACACUCAUGAGAAUAAUGAUGAAGAUGAUCCAGUUUUUUGUUCAACGAAAGAUGAAAUGAGUUCCGAAGAUUCUGCGAGUGUUGUUGAAACAACUGAAAUUAUGGUUCAUGAAGAAAGCAAACUCUUGGAUUCUUCUCCACUAGCGUCUCCAUCGAACACAUCAAUCACGAGAAAGGUUGAUUUUAUUGAGAGUUUUGCUGAUAUAAAGGAGUGGUCAAGUCCCAUAUCUGUUCUUCAGCCAAUAUUCACAGAUGAUCUUAUCAGCCCUGCAAGCAUCAAGUAUUCUUCCGGUGAAACAUUCAUACAACCUCUAAGAAUUCGAUUCGAAGAACAUAACACUUUGGCCACAGAUCAGAGUAAUCGUUUUAAAGCUUGUAUGGAUGAUAAGGAUUCAAUAUUUGAGAACAUAAAGACGGUGCUGCAAGCCUCGAGUUUCAACUGGGAUGAACUCUACAUCCAUUCACUUUCUUCCGAAGUGCUUAUCAACCCAUUGUCGCUUGAUGAGGUCAAGUACUUGCCGAACGAGCUUUGUCAGGACCGAACUCUGCUCUUCGACUGCAUUAACGAAGUUCUUGUAGAGUUUUGCAGGAACUAUUUUGGUUGCCCUGGCAUUUCAUUUGUUAAACCCAGUAUCAGUCCUCUCCCGAACAUGAAUAAUACCAUUCAAGAGGUCACGAAAGGAGUUUAUCGGCAUUUGCUUCCGAUCCCACUGCCUUGUACUUUGGACCUGAUAAUCAGAAAAGACUUGGCUAAGUCAGGAACAUGGAUGGAUCUUCAACUUGACACUGGUUGUAUUGGUGUUGAGAUUGGUGAAGCCAUCUUUGAAGAUUUAGUGGGAGACACCAUAACAAGCUGCAUAAACGAAAGUCGGAACUGCAAAUAUAAUGUGUUUCCAGCUUAGCUGAAGGAACUACGAGAGUUAGAUCGACUCAUGAACGACAACUGACUCGGUUUUGUUCAUACUUCAUACCAAUAAUGCACCUCACAUUGGAUUAGAGUUUGGAGAAAAGCAAGAUAAUCGAGUCUUUUGAAUAGAAAGGAUAGGCAGUAACAUUGAAUCAAGUAAGAAAGGACUUUCACUUAACUCCUUUCCCAUUGAAAUCAUGUAGAUACAGAGAAAACUUCCGGCACCAAAAACCGUUCACCGGAUGAUCUCACAAGCAGCAGCCAAAGUGUCUGUUUCAUGCAUCACGAUCCUUUGUAACUGCUUCAUCGGUGCAGGUGACAUUUCUCAUCGUAGAAUUCUGUCGAGUUUGGCGUGCAAUGCUUGUGUGUUUAAGGUGUAUGUUCUUAACUUUGAUUUCAUUCAUUCUUGGACUGUGUAUCAGUGUGCCUCGGUAUUUGGAGUUCCGAACAGAGAUUUAAUUUACGGUUGCA